AUGUAGUAAGCAGAAAAGCAAAGAAUUUUUUUACAUCAAGAACUUGUGACUCUGUUCCAUCCGCAAUAAAAGGUAUAUCUGACAGACAGCAAUACAGAAAACAAAUAGGGACUGAUCUUAAGUGCUUAACCGGAUUUAUCACCCAACACCAUAUUUAUUUUGGAGAAAUACUGUCCCCCUUUUUCAAUGUUUAAGACUCCAAACUAUUACAAUACUCCAAUAAUUCAAGGAGAUUUAAUACGAAUAAAGAGUUUUUGUUCAAAUUACUAUGUGACGAGCAUACCUGAUUAACAAUCUCCUAUUACGAAGCAAGGUUUGAUGGUUCUAGCCAAGCAGAAUGACGUUAAAUACAAUGGUGGAGAAUAAGUUUUCAUACUUUAGAACAUUUCUAACGAGUCCCCAUACAUGAGGUUGGUGAAUACUGAGACUGGAUUGGCUUUGCAUACUCACACAUCGAAAUUGAAGGAGGCCAACAAUAAUAAUGAAGUGACAGGGUACAAGAGUAGAGACAAUAAUGAUGCAUGGAAUAUAGAGGUGAUUUCAAAGGAGAUGAGAGAAGGGAUCCAUUAAUAAGAAGUGUCAGAACCUCUGCCUAGAAAGUGUUAGACCAUCCGUUCUUCAGAUUCUGUGAUUAUUAGGAGUGGAUUCACUGGAGGUGCUCUCCACUCUCACUCUGCUUGUUACAAAUAUGGAACCAAAUAGUAGGAGGUGACUUGGAAAAUCUAGCCAAGAGAUUUGAAUGAUUGGUGGGUCAUUUAUAAAAUAAAGAAUUCAUCUGGUGAGUCAUCGCAAUUAAUAGAGAAUAAUUCAUUGGUUUCAUUUCUGCAUGUUCAGACUAAACAACUGUUGACUCACUCCUAAGGAUGCAAAGUGAAGAAUGGAGAUUAUCUUCAAGUGUGUUGUAGUAAAAAGUCAAGUGAGGAAUUCAAAAUAGAAUGUAAGUGUUGAUUUGAGUAGUGAUCGACCUUGAUGAGAAAUCUAAUAAUUUAACUACGGAAAAACCAUUUAGAAUAGUGCAUAUUCCUACGUAACAAUAUUUGGCAGCUUUGGAGAGACCAUCCAGUCAAAGUACAUUCUAAGGAGAGAUGGUUUUGGCUUCGAAGUGUGAUUGGAAUGCAGUCUGGUUCAUUGAAUAUGUUGAUUCGAUAUAUGCUUGAUAAUAAUAUAUUUAAUUAUAAUU